ACAUGACACACAGCCAAAGGGGAGGAACCGAACACCCUCAUUCGAAUUAUUAUCAGUGAAAAUCACUGAAUUAAACACCCAAGAGACCCAACAGGGAAUAAAAGUUUUAUAACAAGCAGAAAAUGUCGUUCAUCCCCGGUCAGCCUGUCACAGCUGUUGUGCAACGAAUUGAAAUUCACAAACUGCGGGAUGGUGAUAAUUUAAUAUUAGGAUUCAGCAUCGGCGGGGGAAUCGACCAAGAUCCAAGCCAGAAUCCAUUUUCCGAAGACAAGACAGACAAGGGAAUCUAUGUCACACGUGUGUCUAAAGGUGGACCAGCAGAGGUGGCUGGUCUCAGGAUGGGAGACAAAAUCAUGCAGGUGAACGGCUGGGACAUGACCAUGGUGACACAUGAUCAGGCCCGAAAAAAACUCACCAAGAAGAGCGAAGAUGUGGUCAGGCUUCUUGUCACCAGAAAAUCCCUGGAGGACGCAGUCAGACAUUCCAUGAUGUAACAUAAAUGCAGAUCUGAAACAUGCUCAUUUGAGCUAAUUGAAUGUCUUUAUUGGUUAAUCACAUGUUUAGAGCAUGUUUUAACUAAUAAAAAACAAUCAGCCUCUCUCAGCCAAAGAGUGAUGCCAAGAAA